AAAGUAAACCGCGACAUUCGUUUCUAUGCUAAUAUCGACUGUGUUUCGACUCGCGAACGUGUAAAUAAGGCGUAUCUAGUGCCAAAGGACAGUGUAGUGGCAAAAGAGUUACAAGACUUUAUUCAAAAUGUCGCUGGUUGGUGAAGAAUUUAUGCUCAACCAGCGCCUGUGAUCUGUUGUAAUAAGGAAAAAGAAAUAACUCGAAUGAAAGCUGUCAAACUUGGCCAACUAAAUUUAUAAACCAAUCCCAACACUUUGCUUUGGUCGCUACCGUGUAGUGAAUGUUUGUUUGGCAGUGAUUUGUGCGCAUAACGAGCGCUUCUGGUAAAAAAGUAAUGGAGCCCAACAAUCGGCCGAUCGCUAGCGAAGCGUACGAACGCAGCACCAUCUCGACAAACACAUUCCAGAUCUGGGAAACGACUGUGCGGUUGGCGCAGAUUCAAACGCUCAUCGAUAAACUUUGCCUCGCGACCUGUCCGGACGAGGCGAUGAUAUGCUUCCUGCAGGAAACGGACGGCCAGUCCAUGCUGGACAUUAUUUCCGACGAUGAAGAAGAAGACGACACGGAACCACAGCUACGCGGGAAGAGCUAUCUCAAGCGAAUGAUACAGGAUAUGUACACGCGGCCCCAGAUGAUCGGCACGGUAAAGAUGAUCCUGUACCACUGUCUGACGACGAUGGCCGAAAAGCUAACGCAGGACAUAAAGUUCCGCUCGGAAAAUGCGGAAUUCUUCGACGAUCUUGAACUGGUGCUAAGCCGCAUGACUGACGAGGCGGCCGAAACUACCAAGCGCGAAAUCAUGCAGUACUUGUCGAUUGCUAAGAAGCGGCUUGCCAAACGGAGGCGGGUUCGGGAUCAGCAACAACACCAGCAGCAACAACAGCACCACGAGCAGCAGGAAACUUCGUCAUCGUCGUCGUCGUCCUCGCCUACACCGUCGUCUUCUUCGGCCUCCUCUUCCUCGUCCACUACCCCGACGCUUGACUGUAAAGUUUCCCCACCCUUUGGGUCAUAGGAAGUCAAGGGUUGGUAGCAGAGGAAGGGCAUGGGCUGAAAGGCUGGGGCACAAUCCGUUUGCUUUCUGUUGAUUACUUCAGCAUUGAGCCAAGGAUGGAUUAGUUUAAUUAUUAUUUAUAUUUGCUACCUUCUUGAAUGGGAACGCAGCAAUCGUCGAUCGUGGAACCGCGAAGUAACGACAAUGGUCAACUGUAUGAGUCCUCCAAUGCGGAAGUUAAUAUAAUUAUUAUUUCGUUUACAUGAAUAAAUACUAUG